GAAAGGAUGCCAGCAUCCGGUCACAGGACCAGGUCCCCUGGCUCCCUUCAGCUUAAGGCUGACAGCGCCCAGUCAACUUCCAGUCAGCGUCCCAUCUGUGAACAUUGCUUCUGGCAGAGACCUGCUCCCCGGCAACAGUGCUUCCUGCUUACUGAACACCCUGGCACUUCUAUCCACCUUGUUUCAGCUUCAUCACAAUCUGCAAGGGCCGGCCCUACGCGAAAGCUUGAAGAAAGCCACGUGGACGGUCACCACCUUCCUGCCGCUAAACUCCCCACAUCCCACCUCCUGUGGAGACCCUCGCGACACUGCGAUGCCCAGCCUGGCCACGCUGCACUGAGAAAAACCGACACACAAAUCCUCCCAAAACACGACUUCCCUGACCCAGUGCUGCCUUGCUGCCUGUUCCUGAACGUGCCGGCACAUUUUGCUCCGGGCCUUUGUGCGGGCUGGUCCCUCAGCCUGGAAAGUCCUUCCCCUGGAGCACACGGUGUGCUCCCUCCACAGGGAAAAGAGAAAAGCAAGACUGUAAAUCCUCGAAGAGAAGACCGGAAGAUUUCACAAGUCGGAGAGAGAAAACCAUACCAUGACCCCAUUUUACUACAGAGCAUAUGCCACCACAGGCUUGAAGCUGCACUUGCUGGCAAUGAGAAGUCCGUGCACCGCAACGAAGAGUAGCCCCCGCUCGCUGCAACUAGAGAAAGCCCGCGUGCAGCAAUGAAGACCGAACGCAGCCAAAAAUAAAUAAAAAAUUUUAUAAAUAAAUAAAUAAAACCAAAAAAUGAAGAGUACACUACCCAAAGGUAUGCAGACAUAAGUGAAAGCACCGGGACACAGAGAUGUUCACAUUUCUCCUUCUUCAGCAGUUUCACAAUGGUAAGAAUAGAAGAUCUGUGGACAGCAUGUCCUUAGUUAACAGCCAUACAUUGAACACCUCCUGUGCACUCCUGUGGUUUAGAGUUCGGCAAAGAAAAGAGACAGUCUGACCCUUAGGAGUUUAACAUCUGGUGCAGAGAAUCUCAACCCUAUC